AUGAUACAGACAACAACCAUAGCUAGCGCCCCCAUUGUCAAGAUCGGACACGGGCUGAUGUCGAUGUCCUGGGUGGCCAAUCCUCCGCCUGAAGAGCAGUGCUUUGAGUCGAUCAUUGCCGGCAUCAACGCAGCUCCUGCUGGAGUCAAGGUCUUCCUGAACGCUGGGGAGUUCUAUGGGAAAUGGCCAAAUGUAACAGCCAACCUGGAGCUACUUAACCGAUUCUUUACCAAGUACCCUGAGUAUGCUGAGCGUACCUUUCUCUCAGUCAAGGCAAGUUUGAGCGUCGGAGUGACAAGGAUAGACUCUUACGACCAAUACCCCACCAGGGUGCAGCUGUUAUUUCGGAGCAUGGUUUCUCCCAAGACUGCUCGUAAGCCUGCUGGCUUGGAGCGUAGCAUCACAAACACUAUCCAAAAGCUUGGUCCUAACAAGAAGAUUGACCUGUUCGAGCCUGCACGGCUUGACCCGAAUGUGUCGAUAGAAGAAACGAUGGCUGAGCUUAACAAACACGUCGAAUUGGGUAACAUCGGAGCGAUUGGACUGUCUGAAUGCUCUGCGGCUACCCUUGACCGAGCAAGCAAGGUCGGCAAGGUAGCAGCGGUAGAGAUAGAGGUUUCGCUGUGGAGCUAUGAAGAGGAGACUCGCAAAGUGAUCUCCAAGGCCGCGGAUAUCGGGGCAGUUGUAGCGGCAUAUAGUCCACUCGGUCAAGGAGCGUUGACCGGAAAGCUAAACCUGGCCGAUCUAGGCAAGGAUGACCACCGCAGUCAUUACCCCAAGUUCCAAGAGGAGAGCUUCAAGAAGAACGUAAAACUGGUGGAUGCACUGAAGGCCCUUGCCGAAAAGAAAGGGGUUACGACUGCUCAGCUCAGCCUUGCCUGGGUUUCCUCGCUCGGGCAACAUGUGGUCCCGAUUCCAGGCUCCACGCGCGCAGCUCGGACUGUAGAAAAUGCAUCUGCAGCUUCAAUCGAACUGAGCAAAGAAGAGUUGGAAGAAAUCGGGCAUAUAAUCGGAGCCAACCCUGUAUCUGGGGACCGGUAUCCCGAACAACUGAUGAAAACGGUCUGGCGAUAG